AUGCCUUCCUACGAACAGGUGGUGCAGAUUGACCAGCAGUCCACAUAUGGUCUCGCAAUCGGCAUGACUCUUUGGGCGUAUGACUGGAUGCUUACGCUCCAGCAAGAAACACAGUAUGUGUGGUAUAGCAAGUGGACCCCGGGCAAAAUCCUUUUCCUCGCUGUCCGAUAUGGCGGAUUCUCCACACUCAUUGUUUAUCUAUAUGUUGUUGCUGGUGCGGAUGUCACUCAAAGUCGAUGCACUUUUGCGCUCUAUUGGGCACUAUGCAACCAAGUUGUUGCAAUCGGAGCUGCAAGUGUGAUUCUAGCUCUCCGCACAUACGCGGUUUGGAACCGUAAUCGGAUCGCAGCUGGAGUUAUCCUCGCCGCGUGGCUUGCUAUGGUCGGAUGUGCCCUCAGAUUCCUCGUAAUGGCGAUUCAGGGUGUGACUGUCGAUAACCUCGACUUGGGUCUACGCGGAUGCUCAGCGACAAACACGUCCACAUCUUCCACCGCGGCACUGCGGAUGUAUAUCACGCUUGGCGCUUAUGAGGGCUUAAUCUUCGCCAUGACUGUCGCCCGUGGUGUCCCGCUCGCACACAAGUUGCCUAAGUUGACGGUUACUCUAUAUCGGGAUGGUUUGGCCGUUGGCAACGCGGUGUUGACUAGCGAAGACUACCCAACUUACUACCUCACUUAUUUCAUCAGUCUGGCUUGCUCCUCUGUCCUCCCCGCCCGCAUUGUCCUGAACAUCCGAGAAGCAACAAUAGAUCUCGAUGAGUGGGACGUAACUACUGCCAAGCCUGUUACAGUCCAGGCUCACGUACCAUUUCAACGCUCAAGAUCAAGAAUGAUGGGCGACGACUGGGGGCUUGAAGACGAUUAG